AUUCUUGCAGAUCUCGACGUCUUUGUUCCUUAUUGGGCAUGUCAAAGAACGGAGCUUCAGGUAUUUCACCGUGUGAGUUUGCCGAAGAGUUCUGAAUCUUGUGUGUUGAAGUCUGGACGUCCGGAAACGCUGUGAAUACAGUGAUUUUCUCAAGUUACCGGCAUGGCAGAUAAUUCAAAUGUUUCCGUCCGACCUGAGUGAAAACGCUGCAUGAAUACGCAGAUCGUGAAGCAUCAGGAUGCGCGGCGCCGAACCCGCCAUGGCUUCUAAAUUCACACGGGUUCAUAGCCUGUCUUUUCAUGACAGAAGAUCUAUGCUGCAUAAUCUGGUUUUCUUCGCGAAUUUUCUACUUGGCUUGGAUUAUGGAUUGAUUAUGCCAACGGCGUGGAGAUACUUGAAGUCAAUCGAUGGAACGGACCCGUUUUACUUCGGAUUACUGUUAUCAGGUUUCAGUCUCUCAGGAUUAUUGGGCGGACUUGUGUGUAGUGAGAACAGUCGCUAUCGUCCUGCUAGCGUGAGACUUACGAUACUAUUCCUCACGCUAUGUCCAUUGCUUGGGAAUGCUUUGUACUUCAUCGGGCUGAAUGUUUGGUUCAUCAUUAUUGGAAGAAUGAUUGCUGGCUUCGGAGUUGGAGUCGUUACUGUGAUCUACAAUGAGCUAUGCAAGUCGACUCCGUUGGAGGAGCGAAAGCCCUUGUUGCGUCGUGUUUUCGCCACCAGGCAAAUCGGAAUGGCAUUAUCACCAGUCUAUGUUUAUCUUUUGAACUUGCUGGACACGGCGGUUGGAAGAAAUGGCAUAGUAUUGGAAGAAUUCAAGGGUUCUUCUUUCGGACCCAUCCGGCUCACCGCAGAUUCUGCUCCAGGAUGUUUUCUCUUCGUCGCAUGGAUCAUGUUUGCCGUCGUGUUUCACGCCUGUUACGAUAGUCCGAGGUGUGCCUGCGGUCGACCUGCUACAGUUCCGCGAAAUUUCCUCCAAAAGGAAUACAUGUUGGAAAGAACGCCUCUUUUGCGCCCAAGAGCCGGUCAUUUUUGCGAAACGUGUUUGGCGAGAUGUCCGUCUGUUGGAACCAUUGAAAGAGAGCGGAGAGAAGAGGAGGAGCAGGACAUUCGGCGUGAAGAAAAAACCCGGCGAAUGAGCCGAAGGCGUUCUACUAGUUCCGUGUCGUUCCUUCAAGCUUUUUCCAAAGACACUGUUGUUUGUCUGCUGUUCAUGCAAAUGCUCGGUUUUUUCUGCCAGUCCCUUGUUGAGUCCACAGUUGCGCCAACGUUGGAUCAUUUCUUGGAUAUGGGCCCGCUUGAGGUCAGUUUCGUUCUGAUGGCUCUCGCUUUGGAGACCCUUGGUGUGUUUUUCGUGUUCGUUGCUUGGUCAAAAAAGCAUUUGAGAAGAACUUUGCUUGCCAUGGGACUCAUCUUGGGUAUGACAAUCGCAUCUCUGGCCGCAUUGUUCAUGGCUGUGUUCUUCAUGAAAGAGACUGGUCCGCGAAUUGAACUUUUCCCUGCGUAUACGGUUGCUUUAUGUUUCCAAUUCCUGGCGGCGCCGGGGAUCAGCAUUUGGACAACGUCGUUACUCUCUAAGCAUGUGCCGAGGAAUCAGCAAGAAAAAUCCGUCGCAGUGCGAAGAGUCUGCAACUAUCUGGGGAACAUCCUAGGGCCGCUGUGGGGAACCGCUGUGGUUUUUCGGCCUCUUCUUCUUUACGGUGUAGCAGGGUUCUUCGUGUUCCUCGGAACUGCCAUGUUCUUUGUGUCGUUCGGCGAUAUCGCAGAACCCUUCUUAGCAGAGGAAAAGAGGCUUCUUGAAGCGGGUUUGGUCAUUCCGCCGGAUAAUGCUAGGCCCAGGGUUUCUACGAUUCAGGAAGUUUCGAGUGAGGUGGUCUCUGACACUACUCCUAAGUGAAAGCGGGUAAUUUUUUUUUUUUUCGCGCGUGGGUCAGUUGCGUAUAUUCAUUUGGCAUCUGAUCAAAUGAUGGGAGAGUACUUUUUAUUGACCAGAGAAGUGCGUUUUUUUUUCGAUGGCUGAACGCAGUGGAUGAAUCCGAUGCUCCAGUGACGGAAUUUGAUUUGUGAGAAACUGGAGAAAAAUCUUCCGUGGCGGAAAUAUCUUGAUUGUACACGAACAAAUUCUCUGCGCAGCUGCAAAUGAUUUCGAAUCUCUAUUGAUUUUGGCACUCAACAGGAAUCUCUUUUGGGUCCUUUGAUUCUGUGAUUGCCUUUUUUUGACAAGAGCAAAAGUUUUUUUUUUUCGACGUCUUUUUUUUCAUGGCGGUGGCUGUAUUCGAAGGUCCAAGGACUAAAUGAAAUUUUGGAGAAACCCUAGAAAAUAUACAUUUCUUGCCUGAAAGCGCAAAAUUUUCAGAGAAGCAUUUUUCCGUUAACAAAAUUUGUUUUUGAAAAAGGUACCGAGUAGAAUCAAUUGUGGUAUUCGAGGAAAGCUCUGUUGGUCGUUGAAUUUGAAUCUGGAAAUAUUUUUUAUUGUACCGAGAAUAGAAUAUCGUUACUUUUUUAAAAAUUGUUGAAUCUGGUGCUCAAUUGACAUCAUUUUUAAAAAUCUAUAAUUCUUAUCCGGAAAAUGCAGGAUGUUCGCAAACUUUUUCUCUUCUGAAAUCCUUCAUCUGUUGGAAAAUUGCGAUUUUUGAAAAAUCUUCGGCAUUCGGAAAUCAACAUUGGUUAGCUAAGAUUCAAGGAAUCAACCAGAGAAUACGUUUUGAUGGCUGUUUCUCUCGAAAUGGAUUAUGGUGUUCCGGUGACCGAAUUUGAGUAGUGAGAAACUGAAGAGCUAUAUUUCUUGCUUGAAAGCGCAAAAUUCAUGCAAAGAAUUUCCGCUGGGAUCGCUUUUCGAAUAUCUUGAGCAAAACUGCUGAUUCCAUGAAAUCCGGCUUUCAGAAUGAAUCUCUGUUUGCCAUUGAACUGAUUUGGGGGAACAUUCGAGCGAUGAAACUGUGGUGCGGUCAAGGAAUUUUUUGGGACGAUAUGUUGGAAUAAGAGGCAUUCCUCGCCCUUUUCGUGGAGCUUUUCUGUUCCUUCGGGGAAUGUUUUUUUUGUAUGGGGUGCAAUAUUUUUAGCGUCUGUGAAAAAAGACCUGCUUUUGUUUGGUA